AAUAGCGUUCUGUCGGUAUCAACGUGGUGCGAAGGACUCGGAUUUCGGUAAAUUUUUCGGGUGUAAUUCAAACACGAAUAACAAUUAAAUUUUAAACAUAAGAACCUUUUAAUACGAUAAAUGUAUUGUGGUGGUCCAUUAGAAUUUAUCAUUGAUAAUCAUUUUUAGAAAAAUUCUUGUUGAAAAGUAUUUAAAACAAAUUAUAGGUUAGUAAGUAAACCGCUAAAUUUGCCGACAUUCCCGACAAACACGAAAUUUCAUCAUGUCUACUUGGAUACCAUUGGAAUCAAAUCCAGAGGUUAUGACGAAGUUCUUGCACAGAAUCGGGGUGCCAAAAGAAUGGUGCAUCAUUGAUGUCUACGGGUUGGAACCUGAUUUGUUAGCACUUGUACCUAAACCAGUUAUUGCUGUUAUAUUGCUUUAUCCUUUGCGUAAAGAGGAUAACAAACUUGAAGACAACGAAGAUGUUAAAGAAAAUGAUAAAAGUGCGUUAGGUCCGACAGAUCCGGAUGUUUACCACAUGAAACAGUAUAUUCAUAAUUCUUGCGGUACAAUCGCAUUAAUCCACAGUGUUGCAAAUAAUCUAGAUAGUAUAAAUCUUCAGGAUGGUUUUCUGAAAACUUUCUUAGACAAAUCAAAAAAUCUUAAUUUCGAGGAAUCUGGCGGACUUUUGGUAACCUCGUCUGAAAUCAACGAGACUCAUAAAGGAUUGGCAUUAGAGGGACAGACGAUGGUACCAAGUGUGGAAACGCCAGUCUACCAUCACUUUGUAGCAUUUAUACACAAAAAUGGUGUUUUAUACGAAUUGGAUGGACGUAAAUCCGCACCUAUCAAUCAUGGUCCCACCAGUCCUGAAACACUAUUAGAAGAUUCUGCACGUGUUUGCAAAGAAUAUAUGGUUCGCGAUCCCGAAGAAGUGUGCUUUACAGUUGUUGCUCUCAGUAAUAGCGAUGCGGAAGCAUUAUAGCUUCAUGUCUAAUAUAUUAUAAGCACAUUUUAUAAUAAUUGUUCAAAUAGUUUAUUUUGCACGUUUAUAUAUACACCGCCAUUUUUUUUAUUGCAUUUAAUAAUAUCCGCUUGUUAUUGCAUUGUAACACAUAUAUUCAUGAAAGAUAAGUGUUUGCAUAGAUAUUCAUAUCAUCAUGUUAUAUGAAGAUAAUCUACAUAUCAGAGGAUAUCUGUCAGGAGUAUCUCAAGCCAAAUAAAAGUCGUACUCUUAAUAUGUUUAUAUAAUAAGGAAAGUAUUUUACCUUUCUCUUGCAUUUGUCAAUAUCAUCUGCUCUUUACUUUGCAUUGUUUAUUUAAUUUUUGUA